GCCGAGUUCAGAAUAAAGACAGAAACAAUCCAGAUGAUCUGGAGGAGUUGUUGUCUGAAUGAUCUGAGACACUGCGGCCAUGUUUCUCAAUAAAUCCGCCUGGUUCUCAUCCAGUGUGCCGGACACACGUCACCACUACUGGAUACUCGAGGGGGGGAGCGUGGCCGGUUGGAGGACGGCAGAUUAUCUCUUCAGCGAGGAUGCUACAUGUCCAGAUACUCUGAGGAUAUAUGAGAGCAGAGAUUACCUGUGGAACAAGGUGACCAUUUUUCACAGCUUGUUUCUGUCGGCCUGUGAGAAGCGUCAGAGCGUGAAGUCCGUGUGCAUCGGUCACUAUGUCCUGCCUCCAGCCUCCGUGCAGGACGAAGUAAGGAGCGUAGUGGGGAGGUUGAUUUGGGAGUGUGAGGACGAGCAGCCAGUGACACAGGAUUUUACACACGAUGAGUCCAGUGAAGGAGAAGCCAGCAGAACCAACUGUGACUCAUCUGACACAGAGUCCUCAGAGAGUGAAGAUGCCCCCUAUGGUUAUUUGCAGGAUUAUCCAGGUGGAAACACGCUUACAGGUUAUGUCGGCAUGGACGAGCUGCAGAGAUAUUCAGGUGAUCUGUGGGAUUUCCAUGCCGAGUGUUACAGUUGCUCCAAAUGUUAAAUCCAACAUUCACUGAGAGGAAAGUGUGGUGAAGAGGAACAAGUACCUGUUGUGUUACUCUCAGUUGCAAGAUGUAGAAAAUGCUGUUGUGAAUUAUCUUCCUGCAUUAUACGCUGUGUUCAAACUGACUUGAAUGUGAGUUUUUCGAUCUCAUUUUGUAACUCAAUCUAUAUCUUUUCAUUGUAUCCGUCAAUACUGUCCUUGAUUUUUCAUGUUCUGAAAAAGGUAAAUGUUACAAAUGUUCUCCGUAUUUGUUUUGAAUGCAAACAUUUUGUGUUUCAAUAAAAAAUAUAGAGGGUCAGAAAUGGCAAGAAAUUCAAGAACUUAUCUGAGUAAACUUUUUUGGUUUGUAUAGAGGGACCACAUAUGAAAGUAUAA